AUGAAUUCAUCGCUGAGCCAGGAGGAUCAGGAAGUGCGCACUCGUAGCAGCACACCUGCCCCAGGCUCCGAAUUAUUCGCCGAAGAUUUGCGACAAUUCACUCGUUCGCCGCAUCCUUACCACCGGAGCAGACGUCUCGGAUCCUGCACCCCCUCCGAACAAGGCGACCGUCUCCGGCCACUUACCGCGUAUUCCAAGUCCUCACGAACUCCCAGCGAUAGUGGCACAGAAGCGGAUGAUGAGAGUACUGGUUUACUGAGGGGUCUUCCUGCACCGCCGCUCCGACCGCGAAAAGGUCUACGCUCGGGCGGGAAUGGCUCCGCGGAUGCCGACGCUUGGUUGCCUACACUACAUCCGUGGCCAUCUUUCGUCCGACCAUCCGGACGCGGAUCACGGCGGAACUCGGAGGAGGAACAGGCGGAGGGAGAGGCGCUAGAGGCAAAGCAAUUAAGUGCGAAGAGGAGGGUUGAGAUUCUGCGACGGCUGUUGGAGACGUUGCUUCUCUUGUCGGUUGGGGCGCUCAUUACUCAUGGCCUCGUGGUAUGCACACUCUACGCCUCGUAUCCUAUAAUCCUUCGAUUCUCGAGACGACGACGAUGGAUGAUAUGGCCCUCGAAACGCACAUUCUUUCAUAUCCCAGCUAGCUUUGACCCAGCUCCGCUUUUAUACCCCAUCCUCAUUCCUAUCUUUGUUUCGUUGUCGCUCGCGAACCACCAUCCGGCCUUGGUGAUCCCGAAUAUCAUCCUGAGUCUCUCCUCCCUCCCGGCGCCGGUCAUACCUUUACACAACCGGUUCAAUGGAUUCAGUCUUUCGCACUGGCUGGUGACAUUGGUACCGAUACUUGUAUCAGAACACUUCUCUCUCGACUCUACAAUUCCCAAGCCGCUAACGCUCCGCGGGCAUGAUGCGGAAUUAUUGAUCCUUCUUUUCCCUUUGCAUCAAGCGUUGAUACCCACUUUAGACUUUUUGUUGACAACCAGCCUGCUUCCUGCGGAACUGCAGCUCUUGACUACAGCGUUGUUGAAUUUAUACUUGUUUGCGACCUCGCCUCAAGCAGAGAUCUUGAAGGCUCUAAUAUGGCUGGGUGGAAUGUGUUUAUUGAUUUCUUGUCGAGAUGUUCUACGUUGGGAGGUUGCGCUGGCUAGAAUCCCCAGUUGGAAAUUUCGUCGCUCUCUGCGCGAGUCACAAUCUCCUCGUCGAUUCUUGAAUAUGAUGGAUCACAGGCUGUGCCAGAAAUUAAGCGGCACAGGCGCUUCGGAUGAACCAACAUCUGACAGUGAUGGUCCGGGCGCAGUACCCGUUCCGCGGAGGACAAGGACAAUGCGUGAGAAGGCGCCAUCUGCUGAGCCCGCAUCUGCAAUUGGCAAUGUCACUGCAGAAGAAGCGUGGGAUAAGUACCACAGCAAUGCUGCACAGCAGCACCGCCGACGUCAUACUAUCUCUACUUUUAAUGAGGCGGUGCAGGAGGAUGAGCGGGUUCGGACUACGCCUGGUGGUCGACGAAAGAAACUCAUGGGGCCCGGUCUUGCGUCAUUUCUGUCACUGACCGCAGCUCAAGCGCAGGUCCGCAAGUGGAUAUAUGCAAUAUAUGUGUAUCUUGUGUCUGUGCUGAUUAUUCUUGGACCGAUCAGACAGUACGUGGCCGACCGGGCUUUGCAAGGACAAGAUCCAUUUGGAUGGGCAUUGGGAUACCUAUUUGGGAAUAUAUCGGCACUUCGAUUCUGGGUACUUAUGAUGAACUUGGAUCAUUGGAUCCAGUUACCACCGCGACCGGAUGCAAUCUUUGAAAACGCAUCAUGUUGGCUCGGUCGGAUCGAACACCUCCGCCAAACCACAUUCGGCCCAGCAAACACUCGCUUAUUACUCUGUGCGUACUGCAUGGUUGUGCUGGCGAUGGGAUUGGCUGUCGUAUUCCAGCUCAGUUCGAUCGCCGAGGUCGAUACUCGACGCAAGGUAUUCCACGGGAUGAUGGUGCUGAUGUUUCUGCCUACGGUAUUCGUGGAUCCGACCUUCUGCGCUUUGGCACUCGGUCUAGUCCUUUCGAUCUUCCUUCUACUCGAUCUCUUCCGAGCUUCACAGCUACCCCCAAUCUCCCGCCCAUUAACCUAUUUCUUGGCACCUUACGUGGACGGACGCGAUCACCGCGGACCAGUGAUUAUCUCCCACAUCUUCCUAUUAAUCGGAUGUUCGAUCCCUCUUUGGCUCUCUUUGUCCGACCUACCCCGUAUAAAUGACAUCGGAGCAGGACCUUGGGUUGGUUGGGAUGUAUCUGCACGCGACACCAGCAUGGUGAGCGGAGUGAUAUGCGUUGGGAUGGGUGAUGCCGCAGCAUCACUAGUUGGGCGUCGCUACGGGCGACUGAAAUGGUUUUGGGGUGGGGGGAAUCCCUCGAAGGAAGCGUCGCUUUUACUGUAG